AUGGAGAUGCAACCAAUUUGUGUGAUGAUUUUGUUUUUUUCACUUAUCCCAGUCAGACAAGCUCAAGAGUUUAAACCAGUUCUGUCUGUGCAGCCGAAUUCAACACAGAUAUUCAGCGGUGAGACGGUUACAUUCAUGUGUUCUAUAUUUGGAGAUAGUGAACAUUACCACUGGGUCAAAGAUGACGUUACUGUUCACAGCUCUGCUGAAAACUCCUACACUAUAAAAGUAGAUCAGAGUCACAAAUACAAAUGUCAGGUGAGUAAGGAUGGAGGACAAGUGGCAUGGAGUAAUGAAGUGACUCUCUCAGUGAUAGAGAGACCAAAAGCCGUUCUGACUCUGCAGCUUGAUGGACAGAUAUUCAGUGGAGAGGAAGUCACUUUCACAUGUGAAAUACCAGGACAUGCAGACACUGAGUGGACGUACAGCUGGUAUAAAGAUGGUGUCCAACUUUCCUCCUACAGUGUGAACAGGAAAUAUUCAUUCAGUGCUGUAGAGUCUUCCAGCUGUAAAUACACCUGCAGUGGACGGAGAAAAAACGACUCUCAGACCUCAGAGACCAGCAACACUGUUACACUCACUGUGUCAGCAAAACUCAAACCGACUGUAAGUGUGAUGUCUCAGAGCUCCAUCUACACUGGAGACAGAGUUACUCUGAGCUGUAGUCUGCAGUCUACUGGAUGGACUUUUCUCUGGUACAAAGAUCAGCAUCUUCUAUCCCAAGUAGCUAAAGACACCAACACACUCCAUGAUACAGUCUCUAAUGCAGGAGUAACAAUGUAUCAGUGUAAAGCACGCAGAGGAAACUACGACUCAGAGCUCAGUGAUCCAGUUACAGUUACAGUCAGAGAACUCCCAAAACCUGUGGUGUCCAUAGAUCCAGAUAAAUGGGUGUACAGAGGAGAGAAUGUCACUCUCAGAUGUGAUAUACAGGAUGAAGAGAUAUCUUACUGGAACUACAGCUGGAAUAAAGAUGGUUCUGGUGUCAGUAGUGAACAGGAGUACAGAAUCAGUAGUGCUGAAAUGACACACACAGAAAAAACAAAACCUGUGAUCACAUCAAGUCGUAAAGGAGACGUCCUGACAGGAAACUCAGUGACUCUGACCUGUACACUGAAUGUGCAGUCUGCUGGAUGGAAGUUUUACUGGAUCACACCCACACAGAGCACUGAGACUGAAACUGCAGCAAACUACUACUCCUACUACUUCUCCUCCUACUCCUACUACUACUCCCAUCACUACAUCACACCAGUUAGUGUCUCUGAUGGAGGUCAGUACAGGUGCAGAGCUGGAAGAGGAAACCCAGUCUACUACACACACUACAGUGAUGCACUCUGGGUAAAUGUUACUGAGAGUCCUAAAGCUGUGGUGACCAUAAAGCCUGAAAAUCAUGUGUUCAGAGGAGAGAGAGUGACUCUCAGGUGUAAAAUACAGGGAGGAGGAAGCACUGAGUGGACAUACAGAUGGUAUAAGAAUGAUUACACACAAAACCCAUACCGCUUAUUACAGAACUUCAGCCUCAGCUCAGUUAGAAAUGAUAACGGGGGUAAAUACACCUGCAGAGGGAGGAGAAGCAGUGACUCUCAGAGCUCAGAGAUCAGUGAUGCUCUUACACUCAUUGUAUCAGACCCAGCAGAGACAGUAGUGAGUGUGUCUCCACUGAGCUGGCUGACUGAAGGAGACUCAGUGACUCUAAGCUGUGAGGUUAAACACUCCUCUACAGGCUGGACAUUCAGCUGGUACACAGAUGUUCCCUACAGAGACAGUCAGGGUUCCCUCAGGUACAGGACAGCGCUCCUCUCAGACAGCAGCAGAGGAUCUGGAGGCUCCUACACUCUCAGUCCUGUUACUCUGAAUCACACAGGAGUUUAUAUGUGCAGAGCAGAGAGAGGAGAACCAGUCUUUCACACACACUACAGUGAACCACAGCCACUGUGGAUCACUGCUGAAUCUCCUCCAGUGUCUCUGAUCAUCAGUCCCAGCAGAACUCAACACUUUACUGCUGACUCUCUCUCACUGAGCUGUGAGGACCAGAGAGACUCUACUGGAUGGACAGUGAGAGGAUACACACACAGUAAGACACUGUACAAUUGUCCAUCAGUUUCAGGAUCUACAUGUAACAUCAGCUCCCUCUCUACAUCACACACUGGAGUUUACUGGUGUCAGUCUGAAUCUGGAGGACGCAGUAAUUCUCUCAACAUCACAGUGCACAGUGGUGAUGUGAUCCUGGAGAGUCCUGUCCAUCCUGUAACUGAGGGAAAUCCUCUGACUUUACACUGUUUAUAUCACAACACAAAGAUCUCAGACUCUGGUGCUGAUUUCUAUAAAGAUGAUUCAGUUCUCCAGAAGCAGACUACAGGAGAGAUGACCAUCAGUAGUGUCUCAAAGUCAGAUGAAGGUUUCUACCACUGUACACACCCAGAGAGAGGAGAGUCACCGAAAAGCUGGGUUUCUGUCAGAGUCUUAGGUUCUGGAUUCAUUGUUGUUAAAGUAGCUGUGGGACUGAGUUUGGCCUUGGUGUUUAUUAUCAUUUUACUGAUUCUGCUGUGGAGGCACAAAUCCAACAAAGGAAAGAACAGCAGUCAGACACCAGACCAGAACCCGGGUCAGUCAGGAGCUGAUGACUCCCAGUCUGGAUACACACCACUUCAGACCGGAACUGUAAACAUUUAUGCAACUGUGGAGAAUACAGGUAAAAGUGAGACUGCAGCUGAACACAGUGGGGCCGUUUACGCACAGGUCAUGAAGAAAAAUGAGCUGCACAGGAAUAAAGGCAAAGAUGCUGGAGCCAGUGAUGUGACUUACACUGAGCUUGAACUCAAGCCUCAAAAAAAAGCAAGAAGAAACCAAGUGAUGGCCAGUGCUGGAUCUGAAACUGUUUACUCAGAGCUAAAGUAGAACUCUCAGGUAAGGCAAAGUUUUAUUUUCAAAUCGAGAG